UCAUUUCUGGUCAAAACCGUCAUUAUAAUCAAAACCCUAGAUAACCACGGAGAGAAUCUGAUGUAGUCGGAAAACAUCCAUCAGAUCUUUAAACGGAGGUUUAUCGUCUCUCACUGAAGAGUUCAGUUUCCUCUUCACUCUUCACUUCUGAAACAGACAGUUCGGUCGGAAACUGAAUCGUGUGUCAUAAAAACAUCACCUUUUGUAAUGUAUUCUUCUCUGUUACUCCAUAGCAAAAAGUGUCUCGAGCUUCAUAAAUCUCGCACCUUUCGAGCUAUUACAGUGACCCUUCUUCAAAAUGCAUCUCCUUUCCACAACCACUUCUCCUCUGUACCCACUACUGAUCCAGAUUCAGUUCUGAAUCUUCUCACAAGUCACGGCUUCACAUCCACACAGAUCUCCAAAAUCAUCACCACUUACCCACGCUUACUCACACUCGACCCUCAAACCUCCCUUCUGCCAAAGCUUCAAGCUUUACAGUCCCUCGGAGCUUCAACCUCUGACCUCACAGAGAUCGUCUCAAAAGUCCCCAAAAUCUUAUCCAAAAGAGGCUCAAAAUCCACCGCCUUGUACUUCGACUUCAUCAAAGACAUCAUACACAACGACAAAGAAGAAGGACAAACUGGUAAAACCACGAAGCUGCUACGUCGUUCUUCUUCUUCUACAACAACAGGUAAGCAAGGGAAUAAGAUACGAAACGUUACCGUUUUGAGAGAGAUGGGAGUCCCUCAACGGUUUUUAUUCUCGUUACUCGUCUCUGAGAGCCAACCUGUGUGUGGGAAAGAGAAGUUCGAAGGAUCAGUCAAGAAGGUAGUCGACAUGGGUUUUGAUCCGAAGACGUCUAAGUUUGUACAAGCUCUACACGUUUUUUACGAAAUGAGUGAGAAAACAAUAGAGGAGAAAGUUAACGUGUAUAAAAAGUUAGGGUUUAGGGUUGAAGAAGUUUGGGAGAUGUUCAACAAGUGGCCUUACUCGUUGAAGUUUUCAGAGAAGAAGAUUACUAAGACUUUCGAGACGCUCAAGAGAUGUGGUUUAAACGAUGUUGAGGUCGUGUCGGUUAUGAAGAAGCGUCCGGAAUGUAUGCGUUCUUCUGAGGAGAAGAUAGCAAACUGUGUUGAGACGUUUUUGGGGAUUGGGUUUAGUGGUGAUGAGUUUGUGGCCAUGGUGAAGUGUUUUCCCACUUGUGUGGGGCUUUCUGCUGAGACUGUGAGGAGGAAGAUUGAGUUUUUGGUUGGGGAGAUGAGGUGGACGUUGAAGGAUGUGGUUGGGAUACCUCCGGUUCUUGGGUAUAGUUUGGAGAAGAGGAUGGUUCCGAGGUGUGGUGUGAUAAGAGUUCUUGUGGAGAAAGGAGUGAUGAGAAGAGGAAGAGGAGGAGGAGGAGGAGAUGGGAUACCUCCUAUGUCUUCUGUUUUGGCGUGUAGUGAUAAGGUGUUUUUGAAUAGGUUUGUGUUGAAGUAUGGUAAGCUUGUGCCUGAGCUGAUGGCUAUCUUUGGUGGAGAUAAGAAAAAAGGAUACACUACAACAAAGAAAGUUAAAGGAUUGUGUCUUUCUGUGAGUUAGAUUCUUGAAUUUGUUUUUUUUCUUCUUUUGGUCUCAUUAUAAUUUGUCAAACAGAUUUGAAUUGAUUUAGUGAAUGAAAGCUUGUGAGAGAUUGCUUUGCUUGUGAGAGAAAGCAGAGAAGUUCUUGAGUUUUUUUGCACAGUUGAUCUUAUGAACAAGAAGCUUAUUGUGUAAACCGGUUAAUAAAACGUUAACCGAUAGUAGUCAAACCCAAUUGAAUGGUACAGUACUAUGUAAAUUAUGCUUGGUGAAUGAAAAGCUUAUGAGAGUGUUUUGC